UAGAUUCAUAACAAGCUUAAACAUGGUUAAGGUUGCAUUACUCGUCCUCUGCGGACUCGUCGGUGCUUUUGCUGCCCCAAGCGAAUUGGGAUGGCGUAUCGUUGGUGGCGAAAACGCUGCUGAUGGUCAAUUCCCAUACCAAAUCUCUUUGAGGUAUGGUGGUUCCCAUUCCUGCGGUGGUUCUAUCUUGGACGAUAACACCAUCCUUUGCGCCGCUCACUGCGUCGAUGGACGUACGCCAUCCAUGAUGACCGUUGUUGUUGGAUCCAACGCCCUCUCCCAAGGCGGAGACACUUACCAGGUCAAGAGCUUCGUCGUUCACGAGAAAUACGACUCAUACAGGAUCCAAAAUGACGUUUCCAUCUUGAAAUUGGAAAGCCCAAUCACCUUCGGCCCCAAGGUCCAACCCGUUAAAUUGCCAACUACCAAUAUCGCCGGAGAUUCUGAUGUUACCCUCAGCGGAUGGGGAAGAACCAGCUACCCCGGAAACAUUCCGGAUGCUCUCCAGUUCAUCCACCUUAAGACUUUGACCGUCGAAACCUGCCAGAAAUUGCAAUCCGCCAUGGAUGUUAUCGAAUCCGAAGUCUGCACCCUGACCAAGUCCGGAGAAGGCGCUUGCCACGGUGACUCCGGUGGUCCAUUGGUCGACUCCAACGGCAGCCAAAUCGGUAUCGUCUCCUGGGGAACCCCAUGCGCGCGUGGAUUCCCAGAUGUCUUCACCAGGGUCUUCUCCUUCUUGGACUGGAUCGCACAGAACCGUCACUAAAUUACAUUGAAUUCUAGUUUAUGCCCGCAUUUCAUCGAUUGAUUAAAUAAUAAAAAUAAUAUUGAAAAAUA